AUGACCUGGUCGGACCACGCACCAGUAAUACUCACCAUCGACAACCCUAGAACCUUCCGAUCCCAAUGGACAUGGAAACUUAAUGAAUCACUCUUAGAGGACCCACUGAUCCAAACAGAAAUUAGAAAUACUCUAGACCACUUCUUCCUCACCAAUCAAACAACAGACAGCGCACCAACGACCAUCUGGGAAGCACAUAAAUGCGCUAUCCGAGGGAUCCUCAUUAAACACGGCACUCGCCUGAAAAAACAACGCACACAAGAAAUAGCGUGCCUCGCUGCCCAACUGGCGCGUCUAGAAAUGCUUCACAAACAAGACCUCCGAGACGAAACCUACAAACAACUCCUAGAGACCAGAGCGAAACUCAACUCCUGCCUAACGUCAAAAAUACAAUUCCAGUUCCAACUCACACAAAAAACGUUCUACGAAUACGGAAACAAGAGUGGUAAACUGCUCGCUAGCGCACUGAGGGCCCGGAGACAGAAAAACCAUGUUCAAAGGAUCUCCCUGGCAGGAAACACACUAAAGACCCCGAAG